AUGAUGAGGAUUUGGUUUCCAUGGUCAGGUGAAAAUGAGUCAAGGUUACAGAACUUACAAAAGAGGAAGAGACAACGUGGAAGGAGAGUACUGCAGGAUAUCUCACCAGAUGACGAUGAUGUUUUUGGAGGAUUUUCGGAUGAUAACCUGGAUUUUCGGUCUGGUCGCCGUGAUGUGAUGAUCUCGGUCGAUCGUGGUCCAUUGCCUCCCGGUCGGACGGUGCGGUCGUGCGGCCGGAUCGUCCUGGAGAAGGCCGAGCGAAGCCAAUUCCCUUCCUGUCCGGCCGAGUGCGUUCGGCCGGCUUUGUCGGUUGUCAAGAGUAACAGCCAAAGCAUUUCAGAUGAUGGCUCAACCCCAUCACCGAAGCGUGAUUUUGAAUCAAUGCAUGGUGUCCCAGCCGGAUCUUCCACUUCGAAGAAGCAUUGCCCCAAGCAACUUCCUACAGAGGCCAGUAGAGAGCUGGUCAAUCCGGAUGGACUAAUUAGCCAGCAUCCUGAAGCAAAUAAAAGCGAAGCUAAGCUCCACCAACUCACCGAGAAUUGA